UUAAUUUUACUGUUUAAUUUGUUUAUAUCUUAUGUCAGGCUUCGCCUUGUACAAAAAAGUUUUAGGAUUGAUCCACGAGGUAAUUAAAAGAAGCUUUAGUACUAUAAAACUUGUAAGCACAUUGAGGUUAAAAAAAAUAUGAAGUGCCCUGGUGUACACAUCACAUGUUGUCAUUAAUUAGUUCUUUAACUACCGCCUACCUAUCCAGAGCUCCUUCAAAGCAAAUCCUUUGGCUUCUGGCUUGAGCGGCUGUUGCUAUCCUGUUUUGGAUAAUUAUAAAUAUAUGUUUCUAUUUGGAAGAGUAAACCUAUUAUUUCCCAAAUUUUCUUUUCGGGGUUACAGUUUUUCUUUAUGCCUACGAUGGUCGCAGCUGCCAUGGAAAGCCCUGUUUGGGGCCAAAAACUUUCAUCCGUGGUGCCAGCCAAAGUAACAGGCGACAACAAGGACUUUGAGCUCACUAACAUGGACUUGGCAAUGAAGCUCCAUUACAUAAAGGGUGUUUAUUUCUUCCAAAGUGAAGCAGUCCAGGACCUGUCCGUCCGUGACUUGAAAGAACCAAUGUUUCAAUGGCUGGAAUUCUCCUUCACUACCUCAGGGAGGAUUCGGAGAUCCGAAACAGGCAGGCCGUUUAUUAAAUGCAACGAUGGUGGCGUCCGAAUUGUUGAAGCUAACUGUGAUAAGACCAUCGAUGAAUGGCUUGCAACCAAUGAUAAUCAUCAAAGUCCUGAUCAUUUACUUGCAUAUAACCAAGUACUUGGUCCUGAUUUGGGAUUCUCCCCUUUGGUUUUUGUACAGCUCACUUGGUUCAAAUGUGGAGGCAUGUCAGUAGGACUCAGCUGGGCACAUAUAUUAGGAGAUGCAUUUUCAGCCUCAGCUUUCAUCAAUAUGUUGGGACAGAUCAUGGCUGGGCAAAUUCCAUCAAAGUCUUUCCAGGUGCACAAUCCUAAGAAAUCUGAAUCCCCAAAUCCUUCGAUUCCCGGGAAACCAUUUUCCUUGAAAAAGGUUGAUCCUGUUGGUGACUGUUGGAUAACUGCCAAUAACCGCAAAAUGGAAACUCACUGUUUCCAUGUCACAGCAAAACAACUUCACCACAUCGAAUCAACAACUUAUCAGCCAAGCCAAAUCGAUAAUAUCUCUUGUUUCGAAAUCCUUUCUGCCAUAAUAUGGCAAUCAUUGUCGAAAAUCAGAGAGGAUUCGGGUCCAAGGAUUGUUACAAUUUGUACAAAUGAUUAUCUGAAGAUGAGAGAAAAUGAAAUGCCAACUAAUGGCAUGACAUUGAGCACAGUCGAGGCAGAUUUUUCUGUCUCAAAGGGCGAAAUAGUCGAACUUGCUAAGCUGAUUGCUGAGAAAAGAAUGCCCGAGAAUGGUCUGAUUGAGGAAUUGCUACAAGGAAAUGAGGAAGGAUCAGAUUUUAUAGUAUAUGGUGCUAAUUUGACAUUUGUAGACUUGGAAGAAGCAAAUCUUUAUGGACUAAAACUCAAGGGAAAGAAACCAGUGUUUGUAAAUUAUACCAUUAAUGGAGUUGGCGAUGAGGGAACUGUUCUGAUUCUUCCCGGUCCAGAAAAAGAAGGUGGCAAAGGGAAGAUUGUGACCAUGACCCUGCCUGAAUAUCAAAUUGAAAAGCUGAAGAAUAUACUCGAAAAUGACUGGAAUAUUGCUUAAGGCAACUUAAAAUUUCAGAUUUGGUUCCAAGAAAGUGUUGGAAGAUGCAUGGUUUGCCAGGUAGAAAUAUGAAUUUUCUUGUAUGUUUGUAACUGAAUAAAUAGUGCCAUUGGUGUCAACAUGGCGAGAAAUUACGAUAAAAAAAAAAUAACAGUCACUACUCGCCAUUGUGUUUCGGUAACCACAGUUGUGAGAUUAGUACUUUUCCAGGAAAAGUGAUAAAUGAUUUAAUGAUGAAACUUUCUUUCCAUUUUCCCUGACCCUG